AUGAAGCAUCUGGGGAGCCUGUGCCUCGUGCCGCCCGCCCCCGCCCGCCCGCUCCUUGCACGCUCGUCCGCCGCCCGUGAGAUUGCGCGAUUCACGUCCUCGGCGUCCUCGUCGUCCUCGUCGUCGUCUGCGUGGCCGGCUGUCCUGCUGCCCGCCACUAGUCCCCCACCUCGCCCGCACCAUCGCCCCAAGCCUGCGACCUCGUGGCCUGCAUCGACGUCUCCGCACACUGCGCGCCGACUCUGCACGCACUCGACCACCACCGCCGCCAGGACUGCACACGCCGCCAGGACUGCACACGCCGCCAGGACUGCUCACGCCGCCACAAUGGCAGAGCCGCUAGCGAGGGAAGCCGCGCGGGAGCGCAUCGAGAACCUCGAGCGGCCGCAGCUCGACGACCGCGCCUACCGCAUCAUCACACUGCCCAACAAGCUCGAGGUCCUGCUCAUCCACGAGGCCGGGAGCGACAAGGCGAGCGCCGCCCUCGACGUCAACGUGGGGAGCUUCAGCGAUGCCAAGGACAUGCCCGGCAUCGCCCACGCCGUCGAGCACCUGCUCUUCAUGGGCACCGAAAAGUACCCCGAGGAGAAUGCGUACAACAAGUACCUGACCACCCACGGCGGCUACUCCAACGCCUUCACCGCCGCCACCUCGACCAACUACUACUUCGAGCUCUCCUACCCGGCCGCCACCAGCGACGCCGACGCCGACGCCGACGCCGACGUCGACGCCAAGCACGCCUCGCCGCUGUGGGGCGGCCUGGAUCGCUUUGGCCAGUUCUUCAUCGCCCCGCUGUUCCUCGACGACACCGUCGACCGCGAGAUCAAGGCCGUCGACUCGGAGAACAAGAAGAACCUGCAGAACGACACAUGGCGCCUCCACCAGCUGAACAAGGCCCUCGCCAACCCGGAGCACCCCUACUGCCACUUCUCCACCGGCAGCUGGAAGACGCUGCACGACGACCCCGUGGCCCGUGGCGUCAAGAUCCGCGACGAGUUCAUCCACUUCCACUCCACCCACUACUCCGCCAAUAGGAUGAAGCUGGUCGUGCUCGGCCGCGAGAGCCUGGACACGCUGGAACAGUGGGUCGAGGACAUCUUCGCCCAGGUGCCCAACAAGGACCUGCCCAAGGCCCGCUGGGACAUGCCAGUCUACACCGACAAGGAGCUGCUCACCCAAGUCUUCGCCAAGCCCGUCCUGGAGUCGAGAUCGCUGGAGCUGCAGUUCCUGUACCGUGACGAGGACGAGCUCUACGAGUCGCACCCCUCGCGCUACCUCAGCCAUCUGCUCGGCCACGAAGGCCCUGGCAGCAUCCUCGCGUACAUCAAGGACAAGGGCUGGGCGAACGGGCUGGGCGCCGGAGGGUCCACGCUGUGCCCCGGCUCGGGCCUGUUCAGCGUCAACGUGAAGCUGACGGACGAGGGACUGAAGAACUACAAGGAAAUCACCAAGAUCAUCUUCCACUACAUCGCCAUGAUCCGCGAGCAGCCGCCCCAGGAAUGGGUCGUCGACGAGCAGAAGCGCAUCAGCGAGGUCGAGUUCCGCUUCAAGCAGAAGAGCCCGCCCAGCCGGACAGCGAGUGGCUUGGCCGGUGUCAUGCAGAAGCCGUACGACCGCACGAAGCUGCUGAGCGGCCCGGCAGUCAUCAGCAAGUUCGACUCCAACCUCAUCAGCGAGGCAAUGUCCUUCUUGCGCCCAGACAACUUCAGGAUGACCAUCGUCAGCCAAGACUUUCCCGCCGGCUGGGACCGCAAGGAGAAGUGGUACGGGACCGAGCACAAGGUGGAGAAGAUCCCCGAGGAUUUCCUCAACGAGCUCAGGGCAGCGUUCGAGAGCAAGAGCUGGCCGAAGGAGCUGCACUUGCCCCACCGCAACGAGUUCAUCCCGAGCAGGCUGGAUGUCGAGAAGAGAGAGGUCGCGGCGCCUGCGAAAGAGCCCAAGCUGAUCAGACACGACGACAACGUGCGUAUCUGGUGGAAGAAGGACGACCAGUUCUGGGUGCCCAAGGCGAACGUUCACAUCUACUUCAAGACGCCAAUCACAUACGUCAGCGCGCGAGUCGUGCUCAUCUGCACGCUCUUCCGCGAGCUCGUCAACGAUGCGCUCGUCGAGUACUCGUACGACGCCGACAUCUCGGGCUUGGUGUACGACUUCAGCAACCACAUCAGCGGCCUGUCCAUCACCGUCAGCGGAUACAACGACAAGCUGCACGUCCUGCUCGAGAAGGUCCUUCUUCAGGUACGCGACCUCGAGGUGCGCCAAGACCGCUUCGCCGUCAUCCACGACCGGAUGUCGCGCUCGCUGCGCAACUGGGACAUCGGGCAGCCGUACGGACAAGUCGGCACCUACUCGCGCACCUUCAAGAGCGACAGGAGCUUCAUGAACGAAGAUCUGACCAAGGAGCUGGAGAACGUGACGGCCGAGGAUGUGCGGGAGUUCUACCCCCAGAUUCUUGCGCAGUGUCAGAUUGAAGUCUUGGCUCACGGCAACCUCUACAAGGAGGAGGCGCUCAAGAUCACAGAUCAGGUCGUGGAGAUCAUCAAGCCCAAGCAGCUCCCAGCCAGCCAGCUUCCCAUCCGACGGAACAUCAUUCUGCCCCCUGGAAGCAACUUCAUCUACGAGAAGCAGCUGAGAGACCCUGCGAACGUCAACCACUGCAUCGAGUACAGCUUGUACGCAGGCAACAGGUACGACGACGAUGUGCGCGCCAAGCUGCUCCUCGUUGGACAGAUGACGGACGAGCCCUGCUUCAACCAGCUACGAACCAUCGAGCAGCUCGGCUACGUCGUCUUCUCGAGCGCAGCCUUCCACGACACGUGGGCGGGCUACCGCAUUCUGAUACAGAGCGAGAAGGACUGCAGGUACCUCGAAGGGCGGAUCGAGAACUUCCUCAACUCGUUCGAGAAGACGUUGCAGGAGAUGAGCGAGGCGGACUUUGAGGGCCACAAGCGAGCCAUCAUCAACAAGCGUCUGGCGAAGCUGAAGAAUCUGGGUCAGGAAGACAACAGGUUCUGGAAUCACAUCUACAGCGACUCGUAUGAUUUCCUGCAAGCCGACACCGACGCCGAGCACAUUGGAAAGCUCACCAAGCAAGACCUCACCGACUUCUACACACACUACAUCUCCACCUCGUCGCCGCACCGCGCCAAGCUCUCGGUGCACCUGCAAGCGCAGUCCAAGCCCAAAGAGCCCUCGCUCGACGAGAAAAAGCAAGCCGCCACCGCCGCCCUGGCCGUCCUGCUCAGCAAGCACAAGAUCGAUGCCGACGCCGAUGCCGCCAAAUCCCGCAUCCACGCCGUCUCAUCCACAGACGCCAUCCCCGACGCCCUCGCCGCCUACCUCGCCACCCUAUCCCUCGACAACGCCGUCUCGGCCACGAUCCUCGACUCGGCAAAAGCAGCCCUCGGCCUCGCAGACGCCGGGCUCCCCGCUGAACCACAGCUCAAAGACGACGCGGCCGCCGCCGCCGGCGCCGCCCAGCCUGUCCUCAUCCGGGACGUGCACGCGUGGAAGGCAGGCAUGCAGGUCAGCGCUGGGGUCAAGCCGGUGCAGCCGCUCGAGGCGUUUGUCGAGAUUGCUGAGAGGCUCUAG